GGGCCUGCUCGGCGGGCGGCGGGGGCGCCAUGGGCAGCGGCAGCAGCCGGAGCGGCCGGGCCCUGAGGCGGCUGCGCGGCCCCGACAGCCGGCCUGCGGGACCCGGCGGGGCAGCCUCGGAGGGAGGGACGCGGCCUCUGGUCUCGGCGACGGCGGCGGCCGCCCCGGAGGAGGCCCGGGAGGCGGAGGCGGCUGAGGGGGCGGCCGACCCCGGCCCCGACCCGGGCCCCGCGGCGCCCCCCGACGGCGGGGACGAGACCCUGCGCCUGCUGGACCAGCUGCUGGCCGAGUCGGCGGCCUGGGGCCCGGGCGAGCCGGCCCCGCGGGGCCCGACGCGGCCCCGACCCGCAGCCGGCGCCCGGAGCCCGGUGAGUGUCGGCGGGGCCCGCGGAGCCGUUGGGGCCGCGCCCUGUCCCCCCCAGCGCCCCAGCCGCGUGCUCGCCCCCACCCGCCGCCGCGCCCGCGGUACCCUGCCCCCCUCUGCCUCGAGGGUCGCCCACCGUCUCCGUGUCUCCGAAUGCCUCCGAGGUCUCUGCCGAUCACGGGGCCUCUCCUUCCCUGACCCCCGCCUCCCCGCCCCGAUCGUCUCCCUCUCUGCCUCUUCCGGAUGCUGGUCUCACUGCCUCGAGUUUGGGGUGACCGUGCCGGGGGCAGCCCCGAAGAGGUGGGGGGGGGGGGGGUGAGUACACACCCUUUGGCAGAUAAGCGUCUCCCGGGCUGUCUUCCGGCCAGAGCUCGCCUUCCUCGGCUUUUAGAGCCGUGCGAGCACCCUCACAGCCCGGCAUCCCAGACUCCUUCCAGCCCCGGUGGGAGCCGGCCAGGGCUCCCGUCUCAAGAGGAGGCUGUUAACGUGGUGGGACCGGUAGCCAACGGUGGCUCCCCAACGCCCCGCGCGUCAGACCCAUCAAGGUCCUUGCCUUGCUAGUCAAGCAAUUCCCAAGCUACUGGCUAUUUUUACGAUGCUGUGGGAUCUGUUUUUGGCUUCCCGACCCUGUCUUCCAGCACACUUGUAAUAACAGCCCCGUUGUUCUAGAAAAACAAUAAGAACGAGCUCUCCGGUUUGGCAACAGUCUUCGCUCCAGCAGAGCGGAAUGCACAAGACCUUUACUAUCAGCUCCUGGGCUUGGGGAGGACGGCAGAGGCAGCACCUCCUUCCCUGGGGCCCCCACAGGCUUUGCUUAACUGCUGGGGACCGUGGGGCAGGGGACUGGGGGGGGGGGGAACGCGAGGAAGGGGUCUUCCCGGGCAGCCACCAAACAGUAGAACCCUGAAAAAGCCCCCGUGAGGGCUGGGGAAGAGCAACGGUUCAAGGCAGACAGUGCCGGGCGACUUCCUCCGGGUCCUCUGGCCCGUCCCCUGCAUCCUCCCAAAGUGAGCCCUAGUAGGUGGGACUUGAUUAGUUCACGAGAUUCCUUCAGGACUACGUCACCAUUCAGUUAUAUAACCCUGAAGAUGGCCACACAGUUGAGAAAUUGGGGGGAAAUUCUGAGACAGCAUGGAAGCAGUCCUUUAGCGCUCCGUCUUCCGGUGCCGUGGAAACUUCCCAAGUGAGAAGGGGAAAGAGACAAAAAGCAUGGAUUUCCCCUGAUGUGCUGAGCAUCACAGUGAGUCUCGGGGUGCAGGGCCGCCUCACUCACCCUUGCAGACAUUUCUGUGUGCCCGGCACCGCUCCAGGUGCCAAAGCGGACACGGAAGGCACUCGGUCCUUGCCUGAAAGAAAU